AGGAGCUCAGUCGGAGCGGAUGAAGCGGAGGUCGAGUUCGGGAAAUUUCAUCAUAGGUGGAAGCGGAAAUUCUUCGCGUUUCUCUUGAUUGCGAUUUGUUUCGCGACGUUUAUGCUGAUGGAAUCGGAGUACAGUAAGAUCAAAAUGCCUUCGUUCAUAUCUCCGCCGCUGCAGAAGCCGAAGAUUGCUUUUCUCUUUAUUGCUCGGAAUCGGAUUCCUCUCGACAUUGUUUGGGAUGUAUUUUUUCAGGGUGAUACAGAGAAUAGAUUUUCCAUUUAUGUUCAUUCAAGACCAGGGUUCUUGCUGAAUGCAGCAACGACGAGAUCAAAAUUUUUCUUAAACCGUCAAGUGAAUGAUAGCAUACAGGUAGAUUGGGGAGAAGCAAGCAUGAUCCAGGCGGAGCGUAUUUUGCUUCAAAGUGCACUGAUGGAUGCUUUCAAUGAUCGGUUUCUUUUCCUUUCAGACAGCUGUGUACCUCUCUAUAAUUUCAGCUACACAUAUGACUAUAUAAUGUCAACCCCAAAUAGCUUUGUGGACAGUUUUGCUGAUAAAAAGGAAAGUCGUUAUAAUCCAAAAAUGCAUCCAGUGAUUUCUAUUGACAACUGGAGGAAGGGAUCUCAGUGGGUUGUUCUGACCAGAAAGCAUGCCGAGGUUGUAGUUGAAGAUAAAACUGUAUUCUCUAUGUUUCAGUUACAAUGCAAGACAAAGUCAUUACCUGAAUUUUGGCGAGACCGUCACAUACCUGCCGAUACAUCUGCUGAACAUAAUUGUAUACCCGAUGAACACUACGUUCAAACCUUGCUCACUAUAAAAGGCCUGGAAGGAGAAAUCACUAGAAGGUCACUGACUCACAGUUCUUGGGAUCUAACAUCUUCAAGGGAUCCUCAUAGGAAAGGAUGGCAUCCAGUCACUUACAAGUUGGCCGAUGCUACCUCCAGUCUUAUCCAGUCCAUCAAGGCCAUAGAUAACAUCUAUUUCGAGACUGAGUACAGAAGAGAAUGGUGCACUAGCAAGGGGAAACCCUCUCAAUGCUUCCUUUUCGCCAGGAAAUUCACGCGGCCUGCUGCCUUGCGUCUUCUCAAUAUGUCUGCUUUCGGAUUUUCCAGACAAGCUACAACUUAGAGCAUAAUAUCGCGAAGUAGACCAUGGAUUAGCAACCGGAUAUCAUACAUGUGAAUAACCUAGUGAGUCAUCCAUACUGAUUAUGAUCAAUAUCGAAACGAGUUGUAUUUUGUGCUGAACUGUUCUAAUAAAGGCUGUUUUAUGACUAAUAUCUUACUUAUAUUCCUGUGAGAUGUCAAUAUAGGGUGUAUUCUUAGUUUUC